GGUCUGGCUAUGGGUAGCUGCCUUGCCAGUUUGCUAGCAGAUAUUUUCAUCAAUAACUUAGAAUGUAAAUUUUUUAAAGAAAACCCCCAGAUGGUAAACAAGAUAAUUUAUUACAGAAGGUAUGUUGAUGAUAUAAUAGUCUUAUUUGAUGGCACUGCAGAAGAAAUUGAUAACCUUGCAAAAGAAAUGAAUAAAAUGCAUCAGAACAUCAUCUUCACUGUAGAACACCAAACAGAAGUAGGUUUAAAUUUUCUGGAUCUCUGCAUAAGUAGCUCCAACAACAAACACAAAUUUCAAGUAUACAGAAAACCAACAUACACAGAUAACACAAUUAAUAAGUCAUCCUGCCACCCGGAUCAACAUAAGACGGCUUCAUACAGAGCAAUGCUAAACAGAAUGCACAAAAUACCACUACAACCAGCUGACCAAAUAGAAGAACUAAACACCAUCAAAGCAAUUGCUUACAAUAAUGGUUACAAUCCAAAAUUAAUAGAUGAACUAAACUAUAAGAUAAAUCCCCACAUAAACAAACACAAUAACAAAACUACAUUAAAGAAUACCACAACACAGGCAAAAGAAAAAUAUGUAAGCUUGCCAUUUGUAGGAAAGCUGUCAUAUAAAAUAGCAAACUUGUUCCGAGGAACAGAUAUCAAAAUCAGCUACUAUACAAAUAACAAAAUAAAGGACAAAGCUAUCCAUAACAUUAAAAAUAAUACCAAACCGUACAAUCAAUCAGGAAUAUACAAACUUAACUGCAACUCAUGUCCAAAAACAUACAUAGGUCAAACAGGGAGAAACUUCAGCAUACGGUUUCGAGAACACAUGGAUGCUCUUCGUUUAAAAAACUUACAUAAAUCCACAUUCGCCCAACAUGUAGCAGAAGAAGAACAUCAAGUAACAGACAUAUCCCAUAACCUACAAGUUCUCCACUUAGCCAACAAAGGAAAAAGAAUGAACCUCCUAGAAGAAAUCGAAAUUUAUUCACAUAAACAUGCAUCCCCUUCUGACAUACUUAACGACCAAACAGAGCUGCCAAACCGAAUAUUUCUAAAAAACUUCCACACUCUACUUAUCAAACCACUUACUAAGCACAAUCAACAAACAACAUAAUCUGUUAUAAACCCAGCAAAUGAAUGUAAAAAACAUAAAAAUCUUAAUUCUGGUAUCUUAAUUAUAUCUUUGUUAUAUUGUAAAUGUAUGAAUUACUGCUUUGUAUAAAUGUGUUAUGUUAGACUACUUCUAUCAGCCAAGUCAAUAUUUAGAAAACAAUAGCUUAUCUUAGAACCUCAAAACUUUCGUGAAAAUAUAACUCUGUCCAUAGAUAAACCAUUUGUAUGUAAACAAAAACUGUCAGUCGACAACAUGGCGGAUAACGCAAUGCACCUGUGCAAAAUACGUGAUAAAAAGUGUUUGUGUCGUUGCAAAAAAGAAGAAAAGCCAGGAAAAAACAAGGAGAGGAGAAAGCUUGCUGCAGCAUCCAAACUGCUGUCGAGAUUGUACUACUGUAGU